CAACUCCACCCUCAACAAGUCGAUCAAAAUACAAAGGUUCUCCCCUUUCUGUAUUCUAUGAAACACUUCGACUUUUUACUAAUUGUGGACCUAAUGGAUGUAUUACAAUUAUUGGAAAAGAAUUAAAAAGAGAUUCUGAUAUUUGUAUGACAAAUUGUUCUUCGGGAUUAUUAAAAUUUGAAUUAUUUGAUAGGACUGAAUUUAAUGAUGAAGAAUUGGUUGUGAUGAAGAUUAUUAAAAGUUUUCUCAAGUCUCAUCUCAUACAAUGUGGAAGUUAUGGAAGUUGUUUUGGUUACUUGAUAUUGAAUUUAUUUAUUAAUUACAAGACCGGAAAUUAUUCUUUAUUUAAAUUGACUUAUCUAUUGCAGAAUAUUAUUCCUCAGUGGAUUGAGGAAUUUGUUGAAAGUCACAAAUUAGUGGUAGACGUGGAUUUUAAUAAUUUAAAACAAUUAUCUAUAUUGAAAUGGAGAAGUGAUAAACUUUUGGAUCUAUCUCAAUAUGAAGUGGAGCACAUGACAAUGUUGUCCCUUAAAUUAUUAUGUGAUAUUCUACCUAAAAUGAGUAAGAAUAGAUUUGGAGCGAGAAAUGAUUUCAUUUAUCAUCAUAUCAAUGGAGAUAAUGUAAGGGUUUCAGAUAGCCGAGUAGUGAAUGGUCUUUACUUUAACAUGCCAUUCCCACACAUCAUAAAAUCGAGAAAAAAACAAGAUUUAACCAAUGUCAAAGUUGUACUUUUAAAGGAAUCUGUAUAUAUAGAAGCAAAGAAAAUGGAAGAAUAUAGUGAGAGUAAUAUAGGAGCAACAGUUAAGUUGGUUCCUCAAAAAACAACUUCUAAGGAAUUUAUUUCCAAACUAAGAGAUUGUAUCAAGGAAUGGAAAAAGUUGGGAAUUCAACUUGUCGUUUCUCAAAAAGUAAUUGAAAAAAGUGUUCAAUUAAUUCUAGCAAAUGAGGGUAUUCUCUGUUUAGAAAGAAUUUCAGUAUUCAAUUUUGAAAAUUUCAAGAAAAUCUCUGGCUGCACCCCUUUGUCCUCAAUAUUUACCGAGUUGACCAAUUCUGAGAUUGGUUCUUUGACAUCUGUAUCUGAAGUGGAAAUUGGAGGUAGAAGGUAA